AUGUCAUAUAAAGUCGGUAACACCAUCACUAAAAGAGCCCAAAUUCCCUUCUCAGUAUGACUACCAAUAGCUAUAGCUGCCCCCACCCCAGUAUCCGCUCUAGUACACUCCUCUACUCUAGUAACCGCUGGGGUGUACAUAAUGAUUCGAUUCCAAAAGUUCCUUAUAUCAUCUAAUAUCAACACAUCCUUAUGUCUCAUCUCAGUAAUUACAAUAUUUAUAGCAGGAUUAAUGGCAAAUUUUGAAAAUGAUUUUAAAAAAAUCAUUGCCCUAUCAACCCUAAGACAGCUAGGACUAAUAAUAAUAAUCUUAAGUUUAGGCCAAUGUAUAUUAGCAUUUUACCAUCUCUUAACUCAUGCCAUUUUCAAAUCCAUAUUAUUCAUAUCAGCAGGAUCCAUCAUUCAUUCUUUAAAAAACAAUCAAGAUAUCCGAUCGUUAGGAAACAUAAACAAAACCAUACCGUUCACAAUAAUAAGACUACUAAUCUCCAACUUAGCCCUAAGAGGGGCCCCAUUUUUCUCAGGGUUCUAUAGAAAAGAUCUAAUCAUAGAAAACGUCUUACCUUACUACCUAAAUUUUAUUAAUUCCAUAUGGUUCCUAGCCAACACUUACACUUGA